CCAGCGGCGUAUGGAGAGGGAGGGAGCAAAAUAUCUUAUCGAAGGGGUAAAGUGGUAAAACAAUACCAACGACAAGUUCUUAGCCACGCAUGGUUCCCCAAAUUCCUCGACCAAAAUCAAAGUAAUGAACGCCCUCAAGGCGCUGCAAUUGCCACCAAUCUUCUUCGUCCGCCCAAAUGCAUCAGUCGCCCACCGAACCAAGCCACCAGCAGGCCGUCGGCGGCGCUCUCUCUUCUGCUUCUGCACCGCCAACGACGCCGGCGGUUCCUCAUCCUCGGAAGGCGACAAACGACGGCAGGAGCUGCUGGCCCGCAUCGCUAUGCUGCAAACCCAAAAGGUCCGCGUCACCGAGUUCCUGGACGAGCGCUCCGCCUACUUGACCCAGUUCGCUGAGGAGGCCAACGCCGAGUUGGAGCAGAUCGGUGAGAAAGCCCUCAAGGACCUGGACGAGGCCAGCGCCAGGAUCUUGGAGAAGUUGGAAAGCCGCGCGCAGGCAAUCGAUGAAGCCGCGGAGGUAAACCGACAGGAGAUGGAGCAGAGCGAGAAGGUGUUGGAGGAGUUCGAGGAGCAGAUGGAGCGGGACCGGAACGAAGGCUUGUUCUUUAAGAGCCUGCGGGAGAAGUCGCCAGUGACGAAGGAGAAGACGGCAAAGGCGGCGAGAGAAGAGGCUCGGAGGCUCGAAGAGGUCGGCAGGAGGAGCGCGGCGGCGUCCAACAUCCGCCGCAAUAUUUACUUGGCGCUCAUGGUGGUACUGGCCGUCACCAUUGGCAAUGCCGUGUUGGUGUCUCCCGAGGUGGAGUGGCGGAAGGUUGCGGCGCUGGGGUUGAUCUUCGUCGGCUUGCUUGCGCAACUCGUCUACGAAAAGAGUUUGGCGUCGGAAGAAGCGGACAAGUAGGAAUGUACCGCUGAAGAAAUAUGUGUAAUCUGAAACUAAUCUUAAUAUAAAUGUUACAACAAUAUAAUAAUAAUAAUAAUAUUAUUAUUAUUAUUAUUA